UGACAGCACUAUUCACACUAUUUGUUUUGUUUGUUUGAUUGAAAUUGAAUUGAAAAUCAAACUUGAAAUGGUUUCGCAUGAGAUCUUCAAUUUCCAUUUAUUUUAAUGUCUUGAUUUUGAUUGUUAUUUUUUCUUACACAUCAGAAAUUCGCUACCGAUUUCCUUAAAGGGUUAGUAAUGACACAAUCGAAAAUGGGGGGACAUAGAGAGUGGCGUAAAACAGCGAAACGGGAAAGACGGCGCAGAAUAAGGACUCAAAUUGCAAAAGACAGAGAUAAAAAGCUUAAAUCUGCAGAAAAUACUGAAGAAUAUAAAAAAUGGGAAAGGGAACAAAAAAUUAUGGAAACUUUAGAAUAUGAACAAAUUGAAAAGGCUAAUGCAAUAGAAAAUGAGAAAUGGAUGAAGGCGGAAAUGAUUGCUAUAGAUCAGUGGAAAAAACUUCAAGAAAUGCAAGAAAUAUUGCUUCAAAAACAUGUGGAACAAGAAGCAAGAAUAAAAUUGGAAUAUGAAUUAGAACAAAAACGUAAGAAAGAGCAAGAAGAAAUUUUAAAGAAACUUGAAGAAGAAAAUAAACAAAAGCAUGAAUCAUUUAUGAGACACCUCCAAGAAUUCUUAAUGGGAGAUUCAAAAGAACCACCAGCAGAAUUACUUGUCUCUUCGGAAACAAGACCAGACACUGAAAUGUGUCCAUUCUUUUUGAAAACAGCUUGUUGCAGGUUUGGUGACCAAUGUUCUAGGAAUCAUAGAUAUCCCGGUAUCAGCUGUAUUCUACUGGCGAAAAAUUUUUAUGAUCACUUUGGCUUAACUAAUUCAAAUUGUAAUGAAUAUGAUACGGAUCUAAUGCUUGAAUAUGAAGAUAGUGAAACCUACAGACAAUUCAAAGAAUUUUUCUUUGAUGUCUCACCUGAAUUUGAAAAGUUUGGGAGAGUUAUACAAUUUGUGGUGUGUAACAACCAUGAGCGACAUUUACGCGGUAACACAUAUGUGGAAUUUAAGGAACUCAGAUGUGCAGUAGCUGCGUAUCAGGCAUUGCACACUCGCUGGUAUGGUGGGAAACAGCUGUCACUGCAGUUUUGUAAUGUCAUCUCUUGGAAAAAAGCAAUAUGUGGGCUUCACGUCAAAAAACGUUGUCCUAAAGGUCGCGCAUGUAAUUUUUUGCAUGUGUUUCGUAAUCCUAACAAUUUGCUUGACUACAAUAUUGAGUUUAGGAGAGAACAUCGAACUACACCGCGGUCGUGGCGAUGGUCUGAAUCUCCAGAGAAAGACGUACUAACACCUCAGGAUACUGCGAGAAACAAGGAUGAGGAAAGUAGAAGAAACAAAAAGGAUAAAAAGUCGUCUAGAAAACCAAGUCAUCGCAGCUCUCGCAGGAGAAGUUCUGAAAGAUAUGGAAGAAGAUAACAGAAUAAGGAUAUUAAAUUGUCUCAACAUUGGGCAGCACAACAGCCUUGAAAGUCAGUUGCCAGCGGCUCGCUGGUCUGAUGUGUUUAUACAAUUCAGUUGUGCGGUCAUCGCACAUGGAUCGUCGCGCAUUUCAAGAGUUAUUAUUUGGUACAAAAUUGUUAGUCACUUGAAAUAAAUGUUUUUUUUAAGA